AUGGAGCCCUUCGACAAAGCCUGGCACACAGCCGCCGAUUCUCUCAGGAACGACUACCGGUCCUCUGAGCAGCAAUGGACCCAGCACGGCGAGGAACCAAUCUCUGGAAUUCAAGGCAGAGGAACUGCUACUGAUCCUUACGAUGCCGGAAACCGUUCUGAGCAACCCGGCGCUCCCCAGACCAAAAAGAACACAGCUCUCGUGCCCGAGGCCCUCUCGUCAAUUACUCCCGGCGACCGCUCCUCAAACCUUAAGUCCAGCACCAAUAAGACAGCAAGUGGCCCAGCCGCUAUGCAACCCGAGUUGAACCCCAUCGGCGAAACCGCCGCAAAGUACGGUUCCCAGCCACACCGAGUCCCAGAACAGAGGAACCUGGGAUCCAACCUUGACCACCACAGCCAGACCUCGGGUCUCAGUCACGGCCACCACGACAGGACCUCUGGACUUAACAAGGGUUCUUUGACGACGGGUGCUGAGGCUGCCGCUGCUGGUGUCGCUGGUGCCGGAUCUGAUUACAAGAGGUCCGCAGGUGGUCUCGGAGAGGCAACUUCUGCUCAGUCAUCUGCUCUCCCAGAUGACUCUCACACACCCGGUCUCAGACACACUGGUACCCUUGGAGGUGCCACUUCCGCUCAGACCUCAGCUCUCGGAGGAGACACUACUCACCCAACCGGUCUGAGACACCCCUCAACCCAGAAAUCCGGUCUGGAAAAGGGCGUCGAGGCAUCUGGUCUUGGACACACCACAUCUACCGGUCAGACCUCUCCUAUGAAGUCGGCUCUGGAGAAAGACGCCCAGGCAACCGGUCUCAGACAGCCAGCCUCUACCACCCACAAGCCUGUUUUCGAGAAAGACACCACCCACACCCCCUCCUCAGGCAUCGAGGGAUCCCGAAACCUGGGCUCCACGACCAGUUACGGAGGAAGCGAGACUCAGAUCCCCGACCGGUCCUCCCAGCCUAUUGGCACCCACACCUCUACCUCCGGUCUAGAAAGAUCCCAAAACCCGUACGGAGGAAGUGAGACUCAGGUUCCCAACCGGUCCUCUCAACCCAUUGGCACUCACACUUCUACCACCGGGAUAGAGGGAUCUGGAAACCUGGGCUCUACUACUAGCCACGGAAGCCAGUCUCAGAUCCCCGAUCGCUCUUCUCAGUCUAUCGGCACUGGCACCGAGGCUAGACACCCAAGAUCCAGCAUUGCAGAGGAAGCAACCAGUACCGAAGCCAGACAUCCCAGCUCCGGCAUCGCCGAUUCCACGCCCCAGGAAUCUAAGUCUACCACCGAGCAACGAACCCCAAGCACCACUGCAGCUGAGGGCCAAAGCAGCACCCAGAAGGAAUCCACAUCUAAGCCAUCCAAGAAGGAUGAUGCCCCCGAGAAUGUCGGUUUCCCGCCCAAGACUGACCAUGUGAGCAAGGAGGCUCUUCGCGGUCCCUCUGUCGCUGAGCCCAGAGAGCACUGGAAGCAGGAUGAAAAGGUUGCUAAGGCCGAGGAUAAUGAUAAGCCUGCUGCAGCAGCUGGUGAGCCUGGCGCUAGCAACAAGGCGGAUUCUUCUGAGAAGAAGCAUACUAAGGAUAGUUCCCAUUCGGGAGGCACUUUGUCUCAUAUCAAGGAGAAGGUGGAGAAGGUUAUUCACCCUCAUAAGUCCUAA